UUUCUUUUUCUGUUUUGUCUUCAUAACAAAAAUUUAACAAAAGCUCAAAUUUUUAUCUCCCUUUUCCCUAAAUUCCUCCCAAAAGUUUUUCCUCCACAUUUGUCGAGAAAAUUGUACACAAAAAUUUGCCUUUCUGCCUUUCCAUAUUCUUCCUGCAGUAACCAUGAAAAAUAGACAAGUAAUGGCUGUCAACACCCUACCAAGAACCAGCAGCUGCAGAAGUACACAAGACAUUAUUCCCACAAACUACUUAAGGUCAUCAUCUUUCGUCCCUGAUCCUUCUGAAGAAUUCUCCGAUCGAUCCCUCGUCCGAAGAGGUGGCUCCCCUAUCUCUUUCCAACGUUUCAACAAAGCCCGUUAUGGAUUGUCAACUCUUCUUAGGUCAUUCCUCAACAUAAUCUCCUUCCCAGCCAUCCUCCCCACGUGCAGAUGGCUUAACAUCCCUACCCAACUGUCGAUCACGCCUUCAUUAGGCCGGAAAGUCACGGGAACGUUGUUUGGCCACCGGAGAGGCCACGUUAGCUUCGCAGUUCAAGAAAAUCCCAGAUCAGAACCGGUUUCUAUAAUCGAACUAGCGGUCUCAACUGCAACUUUAGUGAAGGAGAUGUCAUCCGGGUUAGUGCGAAUCGCGCUGGAGUGUGAGAAAACUGUACCCUCCCGUGGCCGGUCCACCAAGCUGGUUAGUGAACCAAUGUGGACUAUGUACUGCAAUGGUAGAAAAUGUGGCUACGCGCUCACACGCGCGUGUUCCGACUCCGAUUGGCACGUGCUUAACACCAUACAGAGCGUGUCAGUUGGUGCCGGAGUUAUUCCGUUGAUGGAGGAUGGCCGGAAAGCCAGUGCUUCGGAGGGGGAGUUGCUGUACAUGAGGGCCAGGUUUGAAAGAGUUGUGGGGAGCCGUGACUCGGAAGCUUUCUACAUGAUGAACCCUGAUGGGAAUGGAGGGCCAGAACUAAGCAUAUUUUUGCUUAGGAUUUGAACCCCAAAAGAGAAAAAAAAUGUUAUAUGGUGUAUAAUGGAAAAGAAUUUUAUGGGUUUUCGGUUAAUUCACCCUACCACUUUGUAUUGUGCAUUAAUUUACUUAAUCAGUGAGGAUUUGAUGUAUCAGUUUUCUGUUCUUGAUUUGGUGAUGGACAUAUUUUUAGAUGAAACGAGGAAGGAAGAAAGGGUUGGUUUUGGUAGCAGAGAAAAUCUUUGCGCAUGCAGGCACAAGAUGUCACGGUAGAUUGAGAUGUUUGUGUAAAUUAAUUGGCUAUGCAGUAUUUUAUAGGA